UUGAGUGUGCGCGCCAAGCGUUAGUGUGUUUUUGUCUGUUUGUCCAUUGCAGUGCACAAUUCUUAGACGUUAUUACCUGGUGCUGUUAUUUGUUAUCAUAAAACUGCAAUCUUAUUCUGUUCGGACCAGAAAAUCAAUACAGGAGAUAUUGAACGAGAUAUAUAAACGACAUUAUUUACAAAUGAUGUAGAAAGUACUUGGACUGUGGUAAUACCGAUUGAUUUUGGCCACGCUUUUUAGCUAAUAAUCUCCAGUCAUUCGAAUAACUCUUACUAAUAACACGGGAGGACUAGUCGAAACAGAUUAACCGACAUCAUGUCAGCUGGUUACAGGUCGGGAAAUAUGCCUGGUGAAAUUCUAUUUCAAUGGUUCUCAUGCUGCGUAAAUCAACGAACCCAACAAGGAAAAAGCCACGUUAGACGAGUACGAAUUGACCGAUCGAUGAUUGGCGCACCCACGAAUUUCCGACAUACCGGUCAUAUUGGAUCGUCUGAUGUGGAAAUGGGUUCGUCUAGGUUGAAUGCUAUUCACGGGCAAAUGCAGUCCAAAGGCGGUUAUGAAGCUAUCAUUGAGGCUAAUUGAACUCUAUUCUGUGAAUCAUUAACUGCUGUGAUUAAGGAAGUACUCAUUAACCCAAGUUAAAAUGAUUUGUUACUCCAUUUUUUUUUUUAAUCUACAGACAUAUAUGGAUAAUAUAAUGCAUCAGUUAGCUCCUAGUUUUAAUAUCUCUGUUGGUUAGUCAACUAUUAUUAUUACUGUAUUAAGCUAUUUUUUUACUAUAUUUUUAAAUUUUAUAUGUAUUGUGAAGUGGUUUGUUAGUAAAGUCUGUAUAUGAUGAACUAUCUUGACAAAUGCUUGUGCCAACUAGUCGAGUUUUUAUAAUUAUAAUGAUAGUUAUUAUUAUUAUUUAUAUAAACUAAAUUUUAAUGUUAUAAUUUGUUCAUCUUAUUUUGUUCAUACAUUUAUUUUUUGGUAACAAUGUUUAUACAACAAUAAUAAUAUUGCUGAUUAUGAAUCAAAAUAAUUAUAUUUGUACAGCUUUAAAGACUUAAUUCGUAUUACCUUAGAUGAUAAACCUGAUAUAAAAGUUUUGCUAUUUAAAUUUGUUAAUUUUGAUUGAAUAAAUUAAUACCUUUUUAUAUUAAAAAAAAAAAACAUAUGUUUAAUAAAGAAACAUGAUUUUGCAUAGUUUAAAAAAAGAUAAUUAAUUUUUGUUUGAAUGAAUUGAAAAAGUUAAAUAUUUGCUAGUACUAUUAAUUAAUAGUUAAAAAUUUCAACAUUUUACACUGCCCAUUACUUCUAAAUGAAGUGUAUUUGUGUUAAUUUUAUAUUAAAUUUUUUAUCAAAAAUGUUUAAAUAUACUAUGUACUGAUUUUGUAUAACUAAAAAUUGAUCUGUUUAAUAUUUUUUUUGUUAAAAUAUAUUUUACUUAAAUUGAGAAUGUUCAAAUAGUAUAGAAUUAUGUACAAUUUAAAUUUUAUAGGCUUAAAAGUUAAUUUAUACUUGUUUUUUAAUUAAAUAAUAUUGUAAAUGUGGAUA